GGUUGUUUUGCAAGAAGAAAAUGGUGGGUAGCAUAGCAAAAAGAUGGAAACAUCUAAGUGGAGAAAAUAAUUGGAAGGACCUCCUGGACCCUCUUGAUAACGAUCUCCGGCACUACAUCAUUCAUUACGGGGAAAUGGCUCAGGCUACAUAUGACAGUUUCAACACACAGAAGGUAUCUAAGUAUGCAGGAAGCAGCCUGUAUGCGAAGGAUGAAUUUUUUAACAGGGUUCAUUUAGAGAAAGGCAAUCCAUUCAAGUACCGUGUGACCAAAUUCUUGUAUGCAACCUCACAGGUGCAUAUCUCUGAAGCAUUCAUCAUAAAGUCAUUAUCCAGGGAAGCAUGGAGCAAAGAAUCCAACUGGAUGGGAUUCGUUGCGGUGUCUACCGAUGAAGGGAAGGUCGCGUUAGGGCGGAGAGAUAUUGUCAUUGCUUGGAGAGGAACGAUACAGAUCUUAGAGUGGGUUAACGAUUUUGAAUUUAAUUUAGUCUCUGCUUCUAAAAUACUUGGCGAGUCCGGUAACCCUAAGGUGCACCAGGGUUGGUACUCAAUCUACACUUCUGAUGAUUCGCGCUCACCAUACAACAAGAAUAGUGCUAGAGACCAGGUUCUUAAUGAGGUAGGGAGACUUGUGGAUCAAUUCAAAAAUGAAGAAAUCAGCAUAACCAUAACCGGCCACAGCUUAGGAGCUGCACUUGCAACAUUGAAUGCAGUGGAUAUAGUUGCUAAUGGAUUUAACAAGUCCCAUGAAAACAAAGGUUGUCCUGUUACAGCCAUGCUCUUCGCCAGUCCUCAUGUUGGGGACUCAAACUUUAAGAAGGUUUUCUCCAGAUACAUGGAUCUUAAAGCAUUACGCAUCCAUAACGUUCUAGAUGUUGUUCCUAAGUAUCCAUUUAUAGGCUAUGCGGAUGUGGGAGAAGAAUUGAUAAUUGACACCACCAAAUCUAAGUACCUGAAGAGCCCUGGAAAUGUAUCAAGUUGGCAUAACUUGGAGGCUUACCUGCAUGGAGUGGCUGGAACACAAGGGUCCAAAGGAGGGUUUGAAUUAGUGGUCAAUCGCGAUAUUGCUCUUAUUAACAAAACUACUGAUGGUUUAAAGGAUGAGUAUCUUGUACCAGCAUCAUGGCGGAUUCAAGAAAACAAGGGUAUGGUGCAGAAAGCAGAUGGUUCUUGGAAGUUGGAGGAUCAUGAAGAAGAUGUUGAUACCUGAAGAAUCAAGGUGGUGGUUCCAAAACAUUAAUUAA